UGGCACAUGGGAUAGUGACGAAUAUAAGAAUCGAAUCUAUUUAGUAAGAAAGCCAUUAACUUCUGCGCGCCUUCUUUCUAAAUUCAUCCGGUAUCAUCUUUCACACCAUCAGCCAUGGCUCAAGAGUCCUCCAGUCUUGCAACAAAGAGGUAUGCAGUUGUGACAGGAGCAAACAAGGGGAUUGGAUAUGAAAUAUGUAGGCAGUUGGCCUCUAAUGGGAUUUUGGUGGUGUUGACAGCCAGGGAUGAAAAAAGGGGUCUUGAAGCUGUUCAAAAGCUGAAAGAUUCUGGCAUCUCUGAUGACCUUGUGAUUUACCAUCAACUUGAUGUGGUUGACCCUGAUAGCAUUGUUUCCCUUGCUGAAUUUGUGAAAAAUAAUUUUGGAAAACUUGACAUCUUGGUGAACAAUGCUGGGAUUGGUGGAGUUGCACUAGAGGCAGAUGCUUGUCAAAGAGCCUUUGAACAAUCUGGUGAAUUUCCAUCUGGGGAGCAAGUGUGGGCUGAAAUUGGAACUCAAAAUUAUGAGAUGGCAGAACAAUGUGUGAAAACAAACUACUAUGGUGCAAGAGGAAUGGCCGAAGCACUUGCGCCCCUCCUACAGUUGUCUGAUUCACCAAGAAUUGUAAAUGUCUCUUCACUGCUGGGGCUCUUAAAGAACAUACCCAAUGAAUGGGCCAAAGGAUUGUUAAAUGAUGUUGAAAAUCUCAAUGAAGACAGACUAGACGAGGUUGUGAACGAGUUUCUUAAAGAUUUUAAAGAAGAUUUGUUGGGAUCCAAAGGCUGGCCAACUUAUCUGUCUGCCUAUAUUGUUGCUAAAGCUGCCAUGAGUGCCUAUACAAGGAUUCUGGCCAAGAAGUAUCCAAGCUUCUGCGUCAAUUGUCUCUGCCCUGGCUUUUGCAAAACUGACAUAACUGCCAACACCGGCCCCUUCACCGCUGCCGAAGGAGCCGAAAAUGCUGUGAGAUUGGCAUUGCUGCCUGAUGGUGGGCCUUCUGGUUGUUUCUUUUAUCAGAAACAAAUGCUACCGAGCUUUUGAAUGAAAAUCAAACAUAAUAAUCAUGAUGUAGAAAACGACUACAAGGUUUUGAAAAUUUUCUCGUCGAUGUAUUCUCAUCCCAGACAGGUUAAACUGAAAGAUACUGUCUAGAUGUGUGAGAAGUUGCAGUUUAUCUUCCUGUUAUAUAUUGAACCAGAUUCAUGUCCUGUGGAAUACAAUUCUGGCAAUGCUCCAAUUAUGAAA